AUGGAUAAAAACCGUACUUGUGGCUCAAUAAAUAUUCCUUUAGACUUUUGUCCAUGUCUUGAAUACGAAGAUCUCAACUAUGGUGAUAAAGAACAGAUGAAAAAAAUUGAUAAUAUAAUUUCCUUGGGAGUGACUAAAAUCAACGACAUGUUAACAGAAUAUAAUUUUAAUUCAGUAUGCCAUACCUUUGCUUUUAAACCAUCCAGAGAAGACAGCAAAAAUAUUACUGUAUCUUUUAAAAAUGGGUUUAUAUCGUCUGCAAAUGAGGUAUACACAAUCACCGUUAAAGUAAAUGGGUAUGAUCGUGAUGCUCUAUUAACAUUUCAUGCCAUUUAUGAUUGGGUAGAUAUAACACAAGGCCUAAAUUUAGAUAUAUGCCAGCCAAGAUUGAAGGGUAAAGUAGCUCGAUUGCCACAGUGUGGUUUAACAUAUUUUCAUUUUUGGUUCGAAGGCGCUUAUUUAGUUAACAAUUAUUCGAAGAAGUUUAAUUUUAAUGAAUUUGAAGGUUUAGAAACAAUUUCGGAUGGUUCAAGUGAGGUCAAACUCGCUUAUAUGUCAACUGAAAAAAAGCACGUCGUCCUCAAAUUUUUAAAAGAAUAUAAACAAGACGCAUAUUACAAGAAAUUUAACAAAGAAAUAGCCAAUUUAAAAAAAAUCCUCCCCAAUGAUUAUGUGAUCAAAUUUCUUGGCGUAACUAAAGGCGGUAGAGAAACUCCUAUUAAUUUUACACCUAUAGAUUACAAAGAACUUUAUUGUGAUUUAUGGAAUUCGAAUCCUGAAAAACGACCAUCAAUUAGCGAAGCCGUUAAUCGCCUCAAUGAUAUUGAGUUUGAAUGUGUAUAUCAAGAUUCUGAUUAUAUCACAGAGGUUUUUUUGAAGGAUUGGAUUCGAGUUACUUCGAAAAGUGCUGCUUGUUUAGAGGUUAUUAAAGGAUCAGCUUUAAAUUUAUACAUUUUCCUUCCUCCAGGUGAAAUAUCUGUAGGAAGGAGUAGUUCGAACGAUGUCAUCAUAAAAGACCAGGAAAUUUUUGUUAAUGACAAAAGGCUUGGAUUUCUUGCCUCCCAUCUUUUAGUAAGAGAUGAUGUAAUUUCAAUGGGGCGUAGCAAAUUUCAAUACCUUCCCGCUGGAGAAUAUAAAAGUCGGAUGGAUGAACCUUUGUCGAUCUAUAAUAAGACUUAUUUUUUGAAAAAAUUGGAAGGUGAAUUCAAGAAUGCAAAGGAAAAUAAAUGUGAUUUGAGCUUAUUGUUUUUAGAUUUAGAUGAUUUUAAAAGCAUAAAUGAACAAAAUAAUCAUAUUGUUGGAGAUUACGCUUUAAAAGAGUUGGCUAAUCUGAUUCGAAAUAAUCAUAUCCGUUCUGAGGAUAUUUUUGCAAGAUAUGGAGGAGAUGAGUUUACUGUUCUUCUCAAGGGCACUAAUAUAGAGUCAGCCUCUAAAAUUGCUGAAGAAAUUCGAGGAUCUGUUGAUGCUCAUUCGUUUGCCUAUAACAAAAUCAAAUUAUCAAUUACACUUAGCAUUGGAGUUUCCGAAAUGGAUUUGUCAGUAGAAACUUGUGAUAAAUUACUUCUUCAUGCCGACAAAGCAUCGAAGAAAGCUAAAGAAUACGGCCGCAAUCGA